CUUUGCGCAUGUGCAGGGCGGAAGGCCGCGAAGGUGAAGAUGGCGGCGGCCGGGGCUGCGGCCCUGGGCGUCCGGUGGCUGCGAAGGGCAGCCCGCGGCGUGGUGCCUCUGGAGGCACGGAGAGCCUUCCAUAUGACCAAGGACAUGCUGCCGGGGCCGUAUCCUAGGACGCCAGAAGAACGGGCCGCGGCCGCCAAGAAGUACAAUAUGCGCGUGGAAGACUACGAGCCGUACCCGGAUGAAGGCAUGGGGUACGGUGACUACCCGAAGCUCCCUGACCGCUCACAGCUGGAGAGGGAUCCGUGGUAUGAAUGGGAUCACUCAGAACUGAGGUUGAACUGGGGCGAAGCGAUGCACUGGGACCUAGACAUGUAUAUCAGGAAUCGUGUGGACACAUCCCCUACACCUGUUUCUUGGGAUGUCAUGUGUAAACAUCUCUUCGGCUUUGUGGCUUUCAUGGUUUUCAUGUUCUGGGUUGGGGAGACUUUCCCCUCCUACCAGCCUGUGGGGCCGAAGCAGUACCCUUACAACAACCUGUACUUGGAGAAAGGCGGUGAUCCUUCCAAAGAACCUGAGCCAGUGGUUCACUAUGAGAUCUGAGGAGGCUUCAUGGGCUUUUGUGCUCUCUACCUAGGACUCCCUCAUUCCUCGAGGUUUAACCUUAAUGGAAUCCUAAUAAAGCUCCGUACUGCA